CCCAAACUCAUAUUUUAAAAUUUAUCUUAUCGAUCAUCUUAUCGAUUAAAUGUUAGAUAUUUUUAUUGGGGUCAAUUGAUGAACUAUCGAUUAAAUGCGCAAAUAGGUCAAUUAAUGAACUCAUUGAUUAAUGUUUAAAAAUUUUCUAUCGAUUGUAAAUAAUUGUAUAAAUACGCUUGACUUGUAUGCUUGAUCUGAUCUGCCUGCCUGACUUGUUAUCUGCUGUUGUCUGUAGAAUACACUUUCUACACCUUACACAGACUUCUUGAUCGAGUUAGCAGAGUUGGGGACAACGGACCAGAAUAGUCUAUCGAGAUUCUGAAUCCUUGAUCCGAUCGAUAAGUCACUGUCAUAUAAUCGGCUGUCUGCUUUGAGCCAUAACAGAGAUGGAGAAUGUAGCUACAUAUAUAAAGACAUUGAAUGACAAUAUAAAAAGUCCAACUCUAUAAUAAGAAAUCUACAGAUCUAAAUGGUUAUAUUCGAAAAUUCUAAACAAAAUGAAGCUCCUUCUGGUGAUGUGAUAAAUGAUCACAAGAAUACCAACACACAUAUUGAAUCAUGUGAGGAAACGAUUAUAAACUUAUCAGUAUCAAACGACUCUAAUCACGAAAACACUCAAAUAGCUGGUUCAAAUUCUCAGACUGAUCAUCGUUCGAACUCUUUCCGCAAUGAACAAUCUCCAUCUUGUGAUUCAUCAAAACUUACUAAUAUCAAUGUCAGAUUAAGUAUUCUUACCAGUUCAAGUUCCCCGAAACCAUUUAAAUACACAUUGAAGCUUAUUCCUAUACCGCAAGCAUUGAAUUCAACUUAUAUAGAAGGAGUAUAUGAAAUUAUUGAUAAUGGUAAUAAAUCAUCCAAUCAAAUGUCAAAUGUGAAACAAAUGUCAUCAGACAAAAGCUCAAAUGAAGUGGAUGAAACCUACUUACACCUUGCAAAAGAAACUUGUGAUCAGUUAGACAAGCUAAAACCAAAUCGAAUUUUGAACACUGAAUCCCAUUCUCUGUCAUCAAAUUCUCUGAGAACUCAAACAAAGAAGAACCAGAGAAAUGUGUCAAAUGUGAACAAUCAACAGAUCUACCAAUAGCAUUAAUAAACUGCCACUAUAUGAACUCGGUCUGACCCUGAUAUGAUUAUGCUUAGUCUAUUCGCCAAUUAUAAACGCGUACAUUUUUUUAUGAACAAGAGUAAGUUUCAUUGACUCAACUGUUGUGUGCUCUAGAUAUUGUUGUGUAUAUACCAUUUUUGUCUCCACUUUUUUUUCUGUUUCAUAAAUUGUAUUGAUCCCUGCUUUUGCACUGUGUUAAUUUUUGACUAUAGAAACAAAUAAAGUUUUAUAAACGAAA